ACCCAUGGGAGAGCCGGGUGGCCCCGAGACGGGUGCUGGCCCCACGCCGGCUCUGGCCACGCAGGAAGAACUGGGUGCUAUCAGCACCCGCCAGCCCCGGCCACGGCUCCCCGGCCACCCGCCGGCACCCGGCUUAUCGCAUCCGGUGAGAGCGGGCACCCAAUGCCGUGGGGCGGGCACAGGGCUGGCCGUGAGGCCGUGGCAGAGCCAGCUGUGCCGUGGCAGUCAUGGGUGUCCCGUGGUGGUGCCGGACGGGCCCCAGGAGGACACUGGCAGCACCGAAACCACACCGGGGUGCCGGGACGGGAUGGACACCGGCAGCGCUGAUUUGGGGCCACGGUGCCAGGCUGGGGCAGAUGCCGGCAGUGCCGAAUCGAUGCCAGUGAGUCAGGACACCGGCAGUGCCGAUUUGAAGUCACCGUGCCAACACCGAGCAGAUGCUACCAGUGCCAAACUGACACCAGGCAGCCAGGACAGGGCAGGCACCGGCAGUGCCAAAAUGAUGCUGCGGCGUUGGGCUGAUGCUGGCAGUGCCAACUGGGGGCUGCAAUGCCAGGAUGACAGUGCCAAACCGAUGCCGGCGUGCCAGGGCCGGGAAGACACCAGCGGUGCCGUUUUGGGGACAUACCACCAGAACCAGGCAGACACCGGCAGCUCCAAACUGAUACCAGGGUGCCAGGACGAGGCAGCCAUCAGCAGCGCCAGUUUGGGGACACAAUGCCAGGACACGGCAGAUGCUGGCAGCGCCAAAUCAGCCCCACAGAACCAACCCGAGGAUGCCGCCAAGCCUAGCCGGCACAACGGUGAGGCCGCGGCAGUGAGUGCCCGUCCCUUUCGGUGCGGGGCAUGUGGGAAGCGGUUCGGGGCGAGCGCCACGCUGAUGCGGCACCAGGCGCUGCACGGAGCCGAGCGCCCCUUCUCCUGUGCCGAGUGCGGCCGCGGCUUCUGCGACCGGGCGGCGCUGGCAACGCACCGGCGAGGGCACACGGGCGAGCGCCCCUUCGCCUGCGCCGAGUGCGGCAAAGCCUUUGCCGGCAGCGCGGGGCUGCUGGUACACCAGCGGGUGCACACGGGCGAGCGUCCCUUUGCCUGCGCCGAGUGCGGGCAGCGCUUCCGGCAGAGCGCCCACCUUACCCAACACUGCCUGGGCACCCACGGCACGGGGCGCCCGCACCCCUGCCCGCAGUGCGGCAAAGCCUUCGCUCUCCGCUCCACGCUGGCCCGGCACGCUCAGACCCACACCGGCGAGCGGCCCCACGCCUGCGGCGAGUGCGGGCGCCGCUUCCGCCAGCGGGCUCACCUGGCCCGGCACCGCCUGGCACACACGGGCGAGCGCCCCUUCCCCUGCGGCGAGUGCGGCAAAGCCUUCGCCCUCAGCGCCACGCUACUGCGGCACCAGCUGGUGCACACCGGCGAGCGCCCGCACCGCUGCCCCGACUGUCCCCGCGCCUACACCCAAAGCGCCUACCUGGCCCAGCACCGCCGCAGCGCCCACGCCGGCCAACGGCCCCACGCCUGCCCCGAAUGCCCGCGGGCUUUCGCCGACCGCGCCAACCUCUUGCGGCAUCGCCGGGGUCACGCCGGCGCCCGGCCCCACGCCUGCGGGCAGUGCGGGCGACGCUUCGCCCAGCGGUCGCAUCUCCGGGCGCACGCUGGCACCCACGGCGGGCAGGGUCCCUUCGCCUGCGGGCAGUGCGGGCAGCGAUUUGGGCGACGGGCAGCGCUGGCAGCUCACGGGCGGGCACACGGCGGGCAGCGGCCCUUUGCCUGCGGGCAGUGCGGGCAGCGCUUCACCCAGCGAGCCAGCCUGGUAGAGCAUGGCCGGCGACACACGGGCGAGCGGCCUCACCGUUGUCCCCAGUGUCACCGCGGUUUCCGGCAUCGCUCGGCGCUGCUGCGGCACCGGCGGGCGCAUGCCGGUGAGCGUCCCUUUCCCUGCGCCCACUGCGGCCGCCGUUACAGCCGUAGCUCCAACCUCCUCCUGCACCAGCGAAUCCACGCGCCCGACUAGCACCCAUGGGUGCCGCCGCGGGGGUGUUCGUACAAGCGUUACGGGGUGCCAACGAACACCGCGCCGUGGCUUUUGCCGCGCUGGCGGGGGUCGUCCGGCGGUGUCACCCUGGAGCCAAGUGCAUCGUGCCUCUGUGCCAGCCCCCGGCCUUGAAGCCUUUAUCCCCACGGGAUGAGCACUGCCUGGUUAAUUUUAAAUACUACUACUAAUAAUAAUUAAAGAAGAAAAUGUACA